CUCCUCCCCUUUCUUUUCUCUUUCAGACCAGUUCCACCAUAUCUCUGGCCUCUGAGCCUUCCCUACCGCUGUCUUCUGGAUCUCCUCACUUUGGGCCACCCCAUACGGUUCCCCCACGGGCCUCCAAGCCCCCCAGGGCCAAACACGACGGGUCUGACCCGAGUCCCGAGGUCCCUGUGGAGUUGGAGAUCCUACGCAUUGAUGAGAAAAGCAGCGGUUUGGCAGCAGCCGCAGCCGCGAUCCCAGAACCUCCUUCCAAUGCUUUGCGUCGUCACCUUGCCGGACCUCGGACCAAGCCCCCCCUUGGUAAAGCUUCUGCCCCUCGCCCAAGCUCAGAUGGACCCAGCAAAGCCCCUCCCGAGAAAUCCCGUGUCUCUUCUUCGGAGCCCGAGUUGCUAGGGAUUUGUGGGGAUGGGGCAGGAACUCCACAACCCCUGGAGCCAGAAGGACCUUGGAAGGAGACCCUCAACAGGGGAGACUUGCCUUCGGGUCUGAACAGGCUUUCAAAGAGGCCGGCCCCGCCGGAAGAGAGGGGUCUUUCCCGCCCCAGAGCUCCUUUUUUCAAGGAGGAUGGAAUGAGGGCGAUGGGUUACACCCGGCAGAGCAACUCCGAAACGUCUCUCUUGGCGCCAAGAACGUCUCUCAAGAAGGACCACGUUGGCGUACAUGAUCUUUUCAACGUCGAACGAUGGGAGAGUUUUCCGGGCACCAACAAAAGCCAACCGGGCUGGGCUGCCCCACAGGCCUUGAACCUCGGGACUGAAAUCCGAGAUCCGGUGAGGGCAAGCAGCUGUCCCGAUGUGGCGGAGAGGGGAUCCGGGAAGAACGGCCUUCCGGGCGGGGUCGCGGCUGUGCUGAAGGUUGCUGGACGUUCCCGGGAAGAGGAACUGGAUUGUAUCGCCGGCCCUACAAUCUCUGUGGAGAGAAUGUCCACUUCGAGCCAGGCAGGCGUCGGGAUGAAUAUUGGGGGGGGUGAGGGGGGGGGGAAGAGAGGAGUGGGGGACAACGAGGGAUGGGAUGUCUCCAUGCCCCUUUUGGUUUGGCUGUGCAUGAAACACGCUUAUGGAGUUUGCACCUGGACUUAG